AUGCUACUCAACCCGGGGAUGGACAACCACCUCCUUUACAAACUCGGCCAGUCAAUCUUGGAGUCGUGGGUGAUCCUUGCUCGAACCUCUCCUCUUCGUUCAUCUCCAGCAUCGUCCCUGGACCGGGACGGCUUUCUCCAUCUUCAACCUCUCUUCAUCAUUUGGCUUCUCCUCCUCUUUGUCCUCCUAGAUAUUCAUUCCGUGCAUCUCAUUGUCGUGCAUCUUGCCCUCUCGUUUUGGUUUUAUUUUCCAGUGUAA